AUGGAAUUAUAUCAAUUAUUAAGACAACCAUAUUAUGAAGCUAUCAAAGAAGAAUUAGAGAUUACGAGAGACAAUAUUAAAAAUUUAGAUUACAGUAGAAUUGAUACCAAUAAACUAAGAAAAGCAAUUGGAUUAGUCCAAGUAUUACAUUCGUCUUUUCCUGAAUUACAAAAAUAUGUUAACUUACCAAUUUUAAGUUCAACACCAUUUGAAUUUGGGCUAAUGGUAAAACAAUAUUUUACCCAAAAAAUUGAACCGUUUCCACGUCAGUAUUUAAUACAACGACUGCAACCAAUUUUUGAUGUAUUUGAAAUAGUAGACAUUGGAAUCCAAAUAGAACGUAUUAUUGAUGACAAUGUUUCUUUUGUUAUUGUCUUACCUAAUGGAGGAGAAAAGACAACAACACUGUAUGAUAAAGAUUAUAUUUUACAUGAUUUUUAUAUAUUUUCAAUGAGCUAUUUAAAUUGUUAUCAAAACGAAUAUUUUAAACGAUUAGAUUAUGGGAAACAUAGCCUUCAUACUUCUCAUAAUAAUAUACUUGUUUUAUUUCGUGGUAAAGAGAAUAGCAUUGAUGAAUUGGCUGAUAUGAUUAAAUCUGAAAGUGAAAAUUACUCUUCAUUUCAUUAUAACUCACAUGAAAUAAUUAAACUUUUCUUCCCAAAUAAAUUAUAUUAUCCUUGUAAAGGAAGAAAUUGUAAACAUACUCAAUGCUAUGACAUAGAAACAAUGAUUAGUCAUGUCAUUCAAUAUGAAACUUGUCCUUGUGGAAAAAGAUGUUCAUUUAAUGAAAUUGUUAUUGACUCUCAUUUUAUAGAAAUUAUGAAAAUGGCUAAGGAAGAUGAUUGGUGUGUAGAAGUGAACAAUGACAAAAUAGUUCAAUUUUAUAGCUAUGAUGACGGAAAAGAUUUGAAUGUAGCUAUUGAAAUUGAUUAA